AUGGCCAAUUCUUUACGAAGGGAAGUGUUAAAUCUGUACAAAAAUCUGCUGUACCUUGGGAGGGAGUAUCCCAAAGGAGCAGAUUACUUUAGAAGCCGUUUGAAAGCAGCUUUUCUGAAAAACAAAGAUGUGAAAGAUCCUGAAAAAAUUAAGCAACUAAUUGCACGAGGAGAGUUUGUCAUAAAGGAGUUGGAGGCUUUGUACUUCCUCAGGAAAUACAGAGCAAUGAAACAGCGCUACUACAGUGACGACAGCCACUGA